AUGCCGACCAUACCAAGUGGGAAUACCAAUGCCCCAGCCAUUAUGGUAGGAGAGAAAGGUGCAGAUUUGAUUAAAGAAGAUUGGCUGGAUGACGCGUCGAUCAUGCCGACCAUACCAAGUGGGAAUACCAAUGCCCCAGCCAUUAUGGUAGGAGAGAAAGGUGCAGAUUUGAUUAAAGAAGAUUGGCUGGAUGGUUAUAGAGGGUUUUAA